UUUUUUUUUUCUUUUUUCCUUUUUUUUCUUUUUAUAUUUUAAAACCACCUUUCUUGUCUUUAUGAAGUUCUCUAUUAUUACCAGUGCUUUGCUGCUUACCGGAUAUGCAGUAGCUGCACCAGCCAUGGUCCCUUGCUCUGAAGAAAAAAUGGCUCCUUUGUAUGCACCAUCUGAAACGGAAUCUAUUCAAGACUCAUACAUUGUUGUUCUGAAAAACCAUUUGAACGAAAAAAACAUUGAAGAACAUGCUACUUGGAUUAAUGCUCUCGUUAAUGAUAACCAACCUUUCUAUUCUUCUUGGCUCGAUCCUUCUCAUUCUAAACAUGGUAUCAAACAUAUUUAUGAUUCAGCUGGUUUGAAAGGUUAUGCUGGUAAAUUCGAUCCUCAAAUCAUUGAUCUUAUUCGUUCCUCCGAAGAUGUACUUUACGUUGAACAAGAUUCACUUGUAUAUGCUAAUGAAUUACAAAGAAAUGCUCCAUGGGGUCUUGCUCGUGUAUCUCACAAAAAAAGAUUAUCUUUUGGCACAUUCAACAAAUAUCUUUAUGAUGAAAAGACAGCUGGUGAGGGUGUCAAGGUAUAUGUGAUUGAUACCGGUGUGAAUAUUGAUCAUGUGGAUUUGGAAGGUCGUGCUACUUGGGGUGCUACUAUUCCUUCAGAUGAUGAUAUCGAUGGAAAUGGUCAUGGGUCCCAUUGUGCUGGUACCAUUGCUGGCAAACGUUAUGGUGUGGCUAAGAAGGCAGAACCUGUUGCUGUCAAGGUUCUUAGUUCUAAUGGUUCUGGUACCAUGAGUGAUGUGGUUCAAGGCGUUGAAUGGGCCUCUAUUGCUCAUUCUAAAGCUGCUGAAGCUGCAAAGAAAUCUGGAAAGACUUUCAGGGGAUCUGUUGCCAAUAUGUCUUUGGGUGGUGGAAAAUCUCGUUCUUUGGAUAUUGCUGUCAAUGGUGCUGUGGAUGCUGGUAUCGUCUUCGCCGUCGCUGCUGGUAACGACAAUGCAAACAGUUGUAAUUAUAGUCCAGCUUCAGCUGAAAAGGCUAUCACAGUUGGUGCUUCUACUCUUUCGGAUGAUCGUGCUUACUUCUCCAACUUUGGUGAAUGUGUGGAUGUGUUUGCUCCCGGUCUCAAUAUUGAAUCCAUUUGGACUGGAAGCAAGUAUGCUGUCAAUACAAUUUCUGGUACUUCCAUGGCAUCUCCUCAUGUCGCUGGUUUGGCUGCUUAUCUUUUGAGUCAAGAAGAAGAAGGUGCUAGUCCCAAGGAAAUCAAGGAUAAAUUGUUGGCAUUGGCAACUAAGGGUGUAUUGAAAGACGUUGGUAAAGAUUCUCCCAAUCUUUUGAUCAACAAUGGCUAUUCGGAUGAGAAAUCAUUCAAAUCCAUCUUCCAUGAUACCUUUGGCGCUGCUGCUUAUGGAAACCCUAUGUAGAUGAUAUUGAUUCUUUCCUCGUAGUAUAUAUAUAUACAUAUAUAUUUUUCCUUUUCUUUUCUUUUGUUUAUUGAAUUCUUUUGUGUAUCUUUUUUUUUUUUUUUAUCUCCCC